CCUCUUCACAGUAUGCAACCAAACCGAACAUGGUCCAACUAAAUUAUCCUGCGCAUGGCCUGACCAAAACCAUGCCGCAGCCGAAACUCCAGGGUCAGGCAAGCGCUUACAAUGCACGCAGGGGACAAACCCCGCACACACAUCGCAACGUAUGAGAGGGACAGAAACUAAAUGACAACAGUCUCCAGCUCAAGGUCAGUCGCAUUUUCGAAAUGGAUGCCGUGAAACGACGCAAGGGAGAGCGCGUAAGGCAAUGGUUAUUUGGAAAACGAUCCAAGUCUCCCAAGCCCGAAUCUGCCAAGCCCGCUCGCGAGACUACUACACUGGGUGAGCGCAAGGCAAAGGCGGACGACACCUACGAUACAGGCAGCAUUCGCUCUGGGGCCAAGGUGAUCGAUUCGAAGAUUGGAGGUGCUAUUACCAGUGUCGCCUCAGUCUCUUCGACGCAGCAUAAAGACGACGGUCUAGAGAAGUCAGUUCCAGAAGACACAGAUGCUGGGAAGCUGGUCGCCAAGGGUACGAAUCCACAAGAUGCAACUCCCAAGGAGACACCCUCCAAGGGCAUAGCCGACGAUGGUAUUCGUGAAUACCCCCUUCCCACCAGCGAGGAUCUCUGGGUCAAGGCAAAGCAAAUGAUCCCUGAGGAUGAACGCAGGGCUUUGGACGACAAUGUCGAGCUUGGUCCAACAACAGACGUCCUGAACGAGUUGCAGGCAGUCGUUGAUGAAAAACAACAAGUGGUACAAGAAAAAACUUGGAAAAUUAACUUUGCGGGGCGCAAGAUUGUGCUACGCGAUGUCGUUGCCAAGAUAUGUGGCUGGAUAACGACUUUCAACAGCGUGGGUGAUUUUGCCGCUGGCCUGGAUCCGGUUCACCUGGCACUUCCAUGGGCCGCCAUCAAAGCCAUUCUUUCGGUCGCCACAGCAGAUGUCGAGCAAGCGGGUCAGAUUCUGAUCGGCGUUGAGCUUGUAACCUCCUUAAUCAACCGCUGCCGGAUAUACGAGCGCCUCUAUAUCCAAGUCAGGCCAGAUCGUGUUCCUAAAGGCGAUGCCUUGAGCGAGCUUCAAAAGGCUAUUGUCCUGACAUAUCGAAGCAUCUUGUCCUUUCUCGCCACUUACAUCAAAGUCCUGGACAAGAACACUUUUAUGAGGACACUGGGAGCUACCUUCGAUCCAGGAAAGGUGUCCGUAAUGCUAGCCGACAUCGGAAGGUUUGAGGAACGAUGCGAAAUCACUGCUGGCAACUGCGAGCGCACGGUGAGCUCCAUGGCGCGCCAGCGGUUAGAUAAAGCUCAGGCCGACGUGCAAGAGAUGCUGAAGGAGCAAAUGCAGCAAUUUAAUACCAGUUCUCAACGGUUCUGGAAGAAGCUAGAAGAUGAUGAGAGGUGCAAAAUUCUUCAGUGGAUCUCCGAAAUCCCCUAUGAGACCGAUCACUAUAACGCAGUCAAAGGUCGGGUGAAGGGCACCGGACAAUGGUUGUUGGACCAUGAGAAAUACUCUCAAUGGAGGUCUGCGGAUUCAUCCACUACACUGUGGCUGAGUGGCAUUCCUGGAGCUGGCAAGACGAAGCUUUCGUCCAAAGUCAUUGACGACAUCCUCCUUUUAACCGCCAACGAGGACACCAAUGAGGCAUUUGCUUACUUCUAUUGCGAUCGAAAUCGGACUGACCACCGAGACCCUGUCAUGGUUCUUCGAAGUCUUGUGAGGCAGUUAUCAACUUCCAGGGACGAGUCCACCGUCAUGACAUACGUCGAAGCCAAAUACACCAAACGAAAGCGGUCUGGUUUUUCCAGAGAUCAACUGACCAGUGAAGAGUGUGAGGAGCUUCUACUUCAACUGACUAGAGACUAUGCGCGAUGCACCAUCGCCAUCGACGGUCUUGACGAGUGCGAUCGGGACACGCGAACGGUAUUGAUGGAUACAUUGGAUCUCAUCGUUGAAAAGUCUUCACGGCCUCUUAAGAUCUACAUUGCCAGCAGACGAGAUCAAGACUUGAGAGAAAGAUACGAGAUUCGAGAUCACCUCGAGGUCACGGCCAAUGAUAAUCAAUCCGAUAUUGAGAAGUUUGUGUUAAACAAGCUCGACCAAAGCCCAUUUUGUCGAACCAAGAUGACAGAUCAAGUACGGAAACAGAUAUUGCAGACUUUCCAUUCCAAGAGCCAGGGAAUGUUUCAGUGGGCUGCCCUGCAUAUCAAUGAGCUGCUGAAGCUUAAUCGGAACAAGGAUAUUCUCAGUUACUUGGAUAGACUACCCCGGGGCCUAGAGGCAGCUUACAAGAAUAUCUAUAGCAACAUUGAUUCUCAAGAGGGAAGUAAGCGAGAGGUGGCAUUUUUGGUGUUCAAAAUACUGAUGUGUUCGUGGCGCCCCCUGAGUCCAGCGGAAAUGGUCAUUGCCGCCACUCAGAAUAUUGAGGAGGACUUCUACUUGGACCCUGAUGUCGAUAUCGACUACAUCCUUGACGCGUGUCACAAUCUCGUUGUUCUGGCAGAUGGCCUACUGGAGAGAUUCUUGGAUCCCAAGAAAUCGAAGCGGGAAUAUACUGACCUCCCAAACAGUAAAUACAAGAGAAAGCUACCACAAGGCGCCAACAUUCGGACUGAAUCAAACGCAAUUUGCCGGUUUUCUCACCUGUCUGUCCGGGAGUAUCUCGAACUUCAUCACUGGUCGCUUGCGGAGGCGAAUGCAUUCAUGGCCUGCAUAUGUCUCAGAACACUUAUCCGGCUUCAGUGGGACGAUGUCCUUGACGAGAAUCAGCAUAGCAUUUACGAAGAUAGCGAAGACGGGGCCGAGGCUAGAAGUUUGGUUGAGCAUCCCUGGCUUAGAGUCGGCGUGGCAGAAGCUGAUCAUCGUCGUAAUUUGGUCUGGGAAGACUCUGAUCAAGAGUCAGUUGGAUACAUUGACCAUGGCGAUGAUCCAUCCUUCCAGGCCCCUGAAUUCUGCUGCAUCUUGGAGCUAUCUAACGUGCAUUUUCACAAAGAUGCAUCUGUGUGCUCGAGCGUCACAUUUCAGAAUUACAUCAAAGGACACGAGUACACCGAUUUGGAGAAAUGGACACAAUACGCAUCCGAGACAUGGUCGCUUCAUGUACGACGAGGAAUUGGCCACGAGAGUCUGCGGCAAAUCAUCAACGAGCUCGUCUUGGAUUUCAUGGGCGACCCCGAGUCAAGCAAUAACCCCUACAGGGCCUGGUCCAUUUUCAACCGGGGAAACAUCAACCUAACGAUGGACAAUCCAGAACAUAUCAAAGCACGCACAGUGUUUGACGAAAGUUACCCCGAUCACUGGAAGAUGAACUCCAUCCUCGAAUCCAUGCUCAAUCACACGUUUACGAGGCCACACCUCCGCCCUACUCAUGCUGCUGGACUCGGCUGUGCCCUUUUGGGUCUGGAUCAUAUCCUAGACGAAUGGAUCAAAGCAGGAAAAAUCGACGUGAAUCAAGUCAAUGCCAGCGGUGACAGUCUUUUGCAUUUGGCAAUUCGCGGUAACCAUUACAAGACUUGCGAGACUCUUCUGUCACACGGGGCAAACCCCAAUGCGCAGUCCUCUGACGGUUACCUUGCCCUACAAGUUGCCAUCUUCCACCGCCGUCUAGAUAUUCUCAAACUUCUGCUGAAGUACGAGGCUGAUCCGGCCGCAGAAUCCUCGAUUGAUGGGGGAUUUGGCAACUACGCCAUCGUCAGCGCAGUCAUCUUCCGCCAGGUAGACGCCAUCAAAAUACUGGUUGAGUGCAGCGACUAUAGCCAGAUAUCCAUCGCCCUUAAAGCUUCGGCGGAUCAAGGUGAUGCGCGGCUCACCAAGUUGCUUAUCAGCAGCCUCUUGGCGGCUAGAGUGGAAGGAGAUAACACUGACGCGGCCAAAAAGAUCAUUCAGGAUACCUGGAGUUCGGCACUGACGUCCAGGGUUGAAAAUGUCCACAUCCUCGACAUGUAUCGCGAGCUUGGCGUCGAUGUCAAGGCCGAUGACUCCAUUCGCAAGGCCGUUUUGGCGAGCCAGACAGAAAAUGUCACCUGGCUAGUCCGCCAAGGUGUUGAUGUUGACCAGAGGGGUUCCCGCUCUAAUACACCAUUGCUAGAGCUGAUACUCAUUUCCUUUUUGGAAGAGGUCGAGGUUAUCAAGAUGGCUCGCUGUUUAGUCUCCUUGGGAGCUGGAAUCAAUACCGUGGAUACUCGUGGCUACACUCCUCUGCAUCUCGCAAUUGGUCAAGACUUCUACGACCUGGCAGAUUAUUUUCUGGAACUGCCAGUGGACACUAGCAUUAUAGCGAGUGAUGGCAAAUCACUCCUAGUCACGGCGAGCACGCGGCCCGACACAUCUAAGAGGGAUGAGCUUCUCCGCAAGCUCCUCAAAGCCGGCCUUGACCCUAACGAGAAACUUCCACCCGAUGCCACUUACCCUUCCCCGCUAUUUGCCGCGACCGAAAAACAAGAUCUCGCGGCAAUGGCUAUACUUCUCAAGGGAGGUGCCAGGUAUAUCCUGGAGAGCUUUACUGAAGAGCAACGGGAUGAUUUGUGGGCGGGCUUGGGAGAGCUUGAAUCGGUCCUUUCUGGAACAGUGUCCGGGUUAGGCGGGGACCCAGAGGAUGUUCAAUUGUUCGAAUCUAAGAAACAGGCGGGUUUCAAGCCCCGAGUAAGGCGUAGAUGAAGCGAUUCAGAAUAAUAGAUACUCGUCGAGGAUAGUGUAUCUGGGUCUUCAGUUGAGGAGACGUAGUUCUCGGUAACACGACCCAUAUCUC